CUUCUCUCCCCCUCCCUCCCGGCGGUCCAUGCCUCCCCAUAUAUACAUACCCCUCUAUUGCCAUCAACCUUCACCACACCAAACCAAGAAGCAAACUCUCUAGAAGCUCCCAAACAAUGGCGACCACUAGACUGUUACGGACCCCGACCGGGCCUUUCUCUUCUUCUAGGUCGCCGUCCUUUGCUGCUGCGGCGAUGAGGACCGUCAGGUGCUUAAACUUGGUGGAGCCGCUGGGUGGAGAAAGGAGCGGCUUUGAGAGAGAGGAUAACCAUCACAAGAGGGAACCGCAGGUGGUCGUGAAGGCCGCGGUGGUAGCUGCCGAGUCCGAGAGAGUGUUCACGGCCGAGCCUAGGAUAAAUGGCGGGGGCGUGGAUUUGGUUCCGUUUUUGGGUAGUGCCGCAAGCACCGCACUGGUCAUUCUGAGAGCAGCGGUGAAAAGGAGGACGAAGAAGUUAAACGUCCAGCGUCUCAUUGAGAAGGCGAUAGUCGACUGCCGGUUUUUCACAUUAUUCGCCGUCGCGGGAUCUUUACUGGGCUCGGUGUUGUGUUUCGUGGAGGGUUGCUUCGUCGUGAUCGAGUUGUACGUGGAGUACUUCCAUUCAAUGUCGCAGAUGUCCGAUCAAGGGCACGUGGUGCAGCUGCUUGUCGAAGGCUUAGAUAUAUUCUUAGUCGGAACAGCGCUGCUGGUGUUUGGGGUUAGCUUGCACGUGAUGUUUGUCGGAUCGCAGGCCAAAAGUGAUGGAGGGCCGUGGCUUUCCGGGUCCAACCUCUUCGGCCUCUACUAUCUGGCGAGGCUCCCGGCGUGGGCGGAGAUGCGAUCAGUUUCGCAGGCCAAGUCGAGGAUCGGGCACGCGAUGAUGAUGAUACUGCAAGUUGGGGUGCUGGUGAAGUUCAAGAGCGUGCCCGUCCUGACCUGCUUGGAUCUCGCUUGUUUCGCAGGAUCCGUGCUUCUUUCCUCGGCUUGCGUAUUCCUCCUCUCGAGACUUUCUUUGGGUAGUUCUUCCGCGGAUAGUGUCACGGAGAAGAAUCCAUUGUAAAGGGACUCGAACAAAUAUCUUGAUGGUUAAAUGCCUAGACCAUGCCUUUGAGGAAGCAUACGCAACUUGUACUUCUUUCAUUUCAUGUGUAAUUUUUUUUCAUUUUUUUAUGGUGGAAUUUUAUAAAUAUUCUUUUCCGUGUUAAUUUCGAUUUAUUUUGACUAUAGAAUGUUCAUAAUCAUUGGAAGAAAAUUUUACGACGGUCGUUUCGAACCGUA